ACAGAAAUAGUGAGUUCUUUUUUCAUUAUCGACGCAAACCAAGAUGGCAGACUGUCAAGAAAGGAAAUGAAUGACGCAGCUUUUAUUGUGGGAAUGAAUCCUACAUCUAAAGAGCUCGAAGACUGGUGGGCCAUGGCGGAUGUAGACGGUGAUGGAUUUAUAUCUUUGGAGGAGUAUGUCAAAAUAAUGUCAGCAAAUUACGUGUCUAUUGACAUGGAGAAGGAGCGGAUGAAGGCGGCCUUUAACCUCCUGGACAAGAACGGGGACGGGCGGAUCUCACUCAGUGAAUUCCAGGCCGUAAUGAUGUUCAACAACAAUGAAAUGACCAAAAAGAAAGUAGAGGAACUCUUUAACGAGGUGGAUUCCGGAGGAAAAGGGUAUCUGGAUUACACAG